UUUUUCAACCAAUCCAAAACCCUUUUUCUUAUUUCCCUUCAAUCAUUAUAAUUACAUAAAUACAUCAUCAAGUUCACUUUUUCUCUCUUAUGAUCACAACAAGCUAAACCAUUUCUCUCACCCUUUCUUUCUUCAACCAUCAACGUUAUCCAAUUGCCUCCUUUUUAUAUAUUUCUAUUCUGUUUCGCCGGAUUUUCAGGAACAACAAAAACAUAAGCUAAAACAAAAAAACAAGACACGAUCAUGAGAGGAACAAGAGGAGGACACCAAGACCAACAAUCUCGCGCCUUGUACGACCUCUCCGCUCUCGUUCUCAACCUCAUCCGAUCGCCUCCCACGCCGUUGCCCUUCUCCCAUAACGUCCCGCCGGGGGCGUCUCGGCGAUCGCCGCCGCCUCAGAUAUCGCCGGCCGGGUUCGCAUCGCUGCUGCUGGGAAUCUCGCUGGCUCUGAUGCUUUGUGGAUCGGUGACGUUCUUCAUCGGGUUCGUGUUGAUGCCGUGGGUUCUGGGAUUGGUGAUGCUCUUCUACGUCGCCGGAAUCCUCUCCAGCCUAUCCGUCUUCGGUCGCUCCAUUCUCUGCUACGCCACCGCGCCACCCUCGCCGCGUAAGGACAUUCCCGCGUGGUAGCUUAAUGAAGUGACAAAUGAAGAAUGAAAAAUGAGAAGGAUGGUGGGUUUUGUGCUACCUCAGCAAGACAUUAUUAAAGAUUACGAAGCUUCUCCUUUUAGCAGACGCAGGAAUCGUGAUAUUUGGUGGAUGUGGCUUAUCUCUGUGCAUAAGAAAUAGCUUUGUAAAUUCUGAAGAAUUAAGGAAACACUGUUACCUUGUUUUAUUUUGGCACGUAGCUUGCUAAUUUCUCAAGCAUAGGCUGUUGAAUAUACCUUUGUUCAGAUGUAGAACAGAAAGAGAAGGAAAAUAUGAUUUGAUUCCUGAGAAACAGGGUUUGCAUUGGAUCAAGAAAUGUUUUUUUGGAAUCGGAUGGUUGUUGUGUUUGAUGAUGUCUGUUGAAGCUGUAUAUAACUGAUACCAUUGAUUUACAUGUCGUAAUUGCUCCGUGCUAUCGAGGGUAAUUGAUGAACGAUGAAGUUUAUUAUCUUGUCACUGAUUAAUACCAAAUUUAGGUUUUUGUUGCCAAAAUGAACUUAUAAUCCACCCAAUAUCUGUAGUUCUGAUGGGAA